AUCAACGACAGGACUCAUUUAUCAUCGGCUGUAUUAUGCUCAUUUUGACUGCAACGAUGAAAUUAUAGCCAUCUGAGCCCCGGGGAAUUGGAGUAUAUCGGAAUACUGUUCUGAUAUCAGCAAGCUUAUUUCCCACGGAUAUAACAUCUAGAUUCGCAUAGAAAGAUGUCAGCACAUAGUUCACCUGGCAGGCAGCAUACUGCAUUUAUGCAAUGGGCCAUUGAUGAGGGUGUCAAAGUAAACGGGGUAGAGCCCGCCAGAAUUACUGGGAGGGGUUUGGGGAUGAUAGCGACUCGGGACAUACAAGAACAUGAAAUGUUGAUUGACGUGCCAUUAUCAGCUAUGUUGAGUGUUGAUAGCGUACCGUCUGAUUUUGUCAACCUGUUUAGUGGGAUAUCCAUACAAGGGCUUCUCGCAGCAUAUCUCACACAUGGUGAUCCGCGUUGCUUGAAGAAAUACGAUUUGUGGAAAGCUACGUGGCCAACAUACUCUGAUUUUGAAGAGGGAAUGCCUAUUCUCUGGCCAAAAGAACUGGGAGGUUCAGGGUUGAAACAUCCAAUUUCUCCUACGGCAACUACUCAUCACCCUCCUGAUGGCAAGCUACCACCAUCAAUAUCAGGGUCAUGGACCACAAUACGCAAAAAGGCACUUGUGGAAGAAUAUGAGACAAAACAUCAGAACAUUCUCUUUCAACAAGAAAAGCGAUUACAGGAUGCAUGGCGAGAUGUUCUUGCUGUCUUUCCAGAUACGGACUGGGAGACGUUCUCAUAUCAUUGGCUAGUUCUUAAUACGAGGUGUUUUUAUUAUGUGAUGCCCGGAACAGAACCACCGGAGGAUACAAACGAUGCUAUUGCCAUGGUACCGUUUGCUGAUUAUUUCAAUCACACUGAUGAAACGGAAUGCGAUGUGAAAUUUGAUGGGAAGAAUUAUACAUUCCGAGCUAUGAGAGCUUACAAAAAGGGGGAGGAGAUAUACAUGAGUUACGGCCCACAUCCAAAUGACUUUCUCUUCGUUGAAUAUGGAUUCUACCUCGAUCAUAACAAAUCUGAUUCGUUAUUCCUGGACGAUAUCAUUUUUAAAGACUUCACAGUUGCCGAAAAGGAGGAAUUGAUUCAUCAUAGAUAUUAUGGAAACUAUCAAAUCACACUCGAAUCUGGCCCCUGUUUCCGCACCGAAGUCGCAGCAAGUAUGAAAUGCAUGUCUCGACGAAGUUGGAGGAACUACAUCCAGGGCCAUGGCAUUCCACCAAAUUCUGCAAAAGUCAAUGCAAUAAUUAGAGAUUGGAUUGAUAUUUAUCUCAAAGAGGCCAAUGUGACACUGGAGAAAAUGGAAGAGAUAUUCUUAAAGGAGAAAGAUGCCUCGAAACAGUCAAAGAUUAAGGUGUUGAUAGGAAGGUGGGAGCAGAUAAAACAGCUAUGUGAGGGAGUGAGCUCGAAGACCGAUUGA